UAUUUUUGUGUUGAAGCUGGUUUAAACUUUUGAGAUGGAUGCAAACAAGAUAGGUGCUCAAAAAUGUCGAACAUCUGAAUUUCCGAGGGUAAUGAAGGCGGCAUUUUGCAUAGCGUGUGUGUGGGCAGUGAUCCCGACUCAGACAACUUGAUUUCGCUCUAAGACACAUAGUUUGUGCUUAGUCAGGGGUUAGAUUUUGUACCAACGUCCCAGCACAACAGUGAAGUAGCUGUUACUUAGUUAUUCCUGUAGCUCAGAUACGGGCGGGAGAUGAGAGACGACAGUCACCGCUCGGUGUCAAGAAAACCCGCAGUUACAAGGUAGAAGAAAACCCCGGAACUUGCAACGGUCGGAAGCGAGCUAACGUUAGCUAGCUUUUUGUUGACAGUGCUCUCGCUGUCAAAGCAGUCAGACCUCAGCCAGAGGAAAGGCGGUUCGCGCGAGCCUCCGUCUGGUUGUUCCGGGAGAUUUAGAAGCCCUCGAGACUUUUAUCUGGACUAGAAUUCGUUUGAAGUUUCCCUUCAGUUGCAACCACUUGUGGAUCUGGAAGAUGGCAUCGAGAGGGGGCUUCACGGGUCCACAGAUGAGUCCAAAUGUGAGCCACAUGAGUGUCGGGCACUCCGCGGGCAUGAGGAUGCCCGGUAUGCCGCAGCCUCCCGCGGGUUACCCCCGGAGCAUGAGCAACGCCCCCCAGUACCCCCAGCGCCUCGGGAUGCCACCCAACAGAGUGGGGGGCCCCAUGGGGCCAAUGGGGGGUCAGCUGCCCGGUCCCUCUUAUGGUGGUGGUAACAUUGCCAUGAGGCCAGGCAUGGGACACCCUAACAUGGAUCCUUCAAGGAAGCGGUUUCUCCAUCAGCAGCAACAGCAGCAGGAGGCACUGGGAGGCCUGAGACGAGGACCGAAGAGACGCAAGAUGGCCGACAAGGUUCUGCCACAGAGGAUCAGGGAUCUGGUUCCAGAGUCUCAGGCCUAUAUGGACCUCCUGGCCUUUGAGAGGAAACUGGAUCAGACCAUUGCCCGAAAGCGCAUGGAGAUUCAGGAGGCCAUCAAGAAACCCAUUAUGCAAAAGCGCAAGCUGAGGAUCUACAUUUCCAACACUUACACUCCCAGCAAGCCUGAGGGAGAGGAGGCAGAGAAAGUGUCCUCUUGGGAGCUGAGAGUGGAAGGAAAACUCUUGGAGGAACCCGGCAAGCAGAAGAGGAAGUUCUCAUCCUUUUUCAAAAGCCUUGUGAUUGAGCUCGAUAAGGAGCUGUACGGACCGGACAAUCACUUAGUGGAGUGGCACAGAAUGCCUACCACUCAAGAAACGGAUGGUUUCCAGGUCAAAAGGCCGGGGGAUGUGAAUGUUAAGUGCACUCUUCUGCUUAUGCUCGACCACCAGCCCCCUCAGUACAAACUGGACCCACGCUUAGCUCGUCUCCUGGGUGUGCACACACAGACUCGAGCCAGCAUCAUGCAAGCUCUCUGGCUCUACAUCAAGAACAACAAGCUGCAGGAUGGCCACGAGAAGGAGUACAUCAACUGCAACCGCUAUUUUAGACAGAUCUUCGCCUGUACCCGCAUGAGGUUUUCUGAGAUUCCCAUGAAGCUGGCAGGCCUGCUGCAGCACCCUGACCCCAUUAUCAUCAAUCACAUUAUCAGCGUGGACCCCACAGAUCAGAAGAAGACGGCUUGUUACGAUAUUGACGUGGAGGUGGACGACCCUCUGAAGGGCCAGAUGAACAGCUUCCUGUCCUCCACCACCAACCAACAGGAAAUAGCUGCUCUUGAGAUGAAGAUUCAUGAAACAAUUGAGUACAUUAACCAGUUGAAGACGGAGAGAGACUUCAUGCUGAGCUUCAGCAAUAAUCCACAGGAGUUCAUCCAGGACUGGUUAAAGUCUCAGUGCAGAGAUCUGAAGCUGAUGACGGAUGUGAGCGGAAACCCGGAGGAGGAGAGGAAAGCUGAGUUCUAUCAGGCUCCCUGGGUGCCAGAGGCAGUGGGCCGAUACGUUUACUCCAAAGUGAGUCCCAAUAGGGUUGAGCCACUGCACGGUGCAGCAGAGGAGACAGGAGCUGGAGCAAGUGCUGGGUAUCCGACUCACCUAAAGAUGUAUUCUGAUGGGGUCACAGCCAGUUUUGUUUACUUCUCAAAGAUUACCGACUGAACUGGAAAGAAACGAGCUAAUACUGCAGUUGAAAUAAUCACAAAGCCAUCAUCACAUUCUGAUUUUAUUCUUUUUAUGGGACCAAAGUGAUGAUUUCCUUGUUCUUGAUAAAAUGUUUGCCAUUCUUUGCCUGCCAUUUUGAGCCUAUUUGAAUGAUUGUUGCCUUGUUUUGCUUGUUCUUUUUUUGUCUUUAAUGGUACAAGUAGCUGAAUUCUGUCAAGCUGUGGUGCUUUUAAGGUGUUUCCACCAUCCAGCUGUGUGCUGUUUUCUAAUGUUCUCUAUUUGCUUUCAUUUUUACAAGCCAUAACUUUCAUAUAAGGACAGGGAUUAGUGUGUUGGUGAAAAGUAUGAUAGAUUGUGAAUUUUAUCCCACAUCUAUGUAUAUCUUUAUACAAUCAGACAUUUAAACUAAGAAUUUUACUUAUUUAAAAUUGAAAUUGAAAUAAUUUUAUAAGAAUAAUUUUACAAUAUUAGGUGUUGGUUUUGUUUAGUGGGGGGACUUUACCAGUUGAUGUAAAUAUUUGCUAUAUCAGAGAGAAGAAAUGCUUUCGAUACCUUCUGUCUUUCAAAAGAUUGAAUUCCUCUAUACACAAACCACUAUCCAGCUGUUCUCAAUCAGCUCUUUUUUAUACUUGUUGAAUGUUUACAUGCUAUUUUAAUAUACUAUUGGUCUGUUUCUUUGUUUUAACACCAGGAAGAGGAACAAUAAUUUUGUUGUGGAAUGAGGAGAUUCAUGCCUUCAGGCAGAUUAAUUGAGAUUGAUGGAUCAAUAUGAAUGCAGCUGAAGUGUCAAAGUACCAGAGAAAAUGCUGUAAAGAAUUUAAAUUGAAGUGCUCUUUUAGUAAGCUUUUGUUUGACAAGGUUGCGAAACAUUCCUUAUUCAUUUGCUAAAACUUGUUUUGUGAAGAUGAAUAUGAAAAAUGUUGUGUACAAGUAUUUUUAUACAACUUUUUGUAAGAUGUUUGCAUGUUGUUUAUUGUUCAAAAGCCUUUAUCUUUUUUACAUCUGAUUUUUUUUUUUUUUUACAAUAAAU